AUGUUUUACAGUAAUCAAAUUUUAACCAGCACGCAAUAUGGCGUUUCCACGGUUUGGCUCAUCGCCACCGUGGGAAAGUCGAACCAAAAGCGCGUCACGAAGAGGGCUAUCCAAGAUGUUAAUGUACCUCGCGCCUGUGGCAAGAUCCUCGACCCCGGCGCGCCGCUGGCCCUGCGUCUUCAGGGAAACCUCUUGUACGGCGUCUCGAGAGUCUUUGCCGACCAGUGCGGCUACCUGCUCUCCGAUACGGAAAAGACACAGAAUGAUAUGAUGACUUUUUUCCGCGCCAUCAAGUCAAGCCACCUCGAUCUUCCAGAUCCCAAGACCAAACGUGUGAACAUUACAUUGCAGGACGAUCCCAAUUUUGACCCUAUGAGCCAGCUUCCGCCGCUGGAUCUCGCCGUCAUUGACACGGAAUGGCUGGCCAUCCCCAGCCAAGGCUCUGCGACCAAGCUCUCGCAAAUGUCUCCCCUUCAGGCUUACACGAGCCGACGCGGCUCCAUGAACCGCCACACCUCGCUCAUCAAUCUCGAGCUUUCCCCGUCUUCCCACUCACCCGGGAGUUACCGGAUGCCUGCUCAUCUCGGCCAGAGCAGCUCCCCCUACGCCAAACUGGGCCCCUUUGACGAUAUGCCCGAGUUCCUCCAAUCCCAAGUAGACGAGUUUGACGCAAUUGUCGGCAUCGGUCUCAACUUUGACGGCGACGGUAACCUAGUCGAGGAAGAGCCGGAGCUGCCCCCCUUCUUUGGCGACAUGCCCUCCAACGUCUCCAUGCCCGCCUCUGGCGCGCAGCCUCAGCCUCUGGAGGACAUUUUCCUCAUGGGCGAGGAGCAGGCACUUCCUGACGCGGAAGCCUUUCCCGCACCAGUCGCUACUCCCGCCAACAGGAGCAACAAUAGGGUGGUCGUCUCUGAAGAAAACGAAACCGUCACAACGUCAGAAGUGGUGCAGGCAGCGGCACCUGCCAAACGCCGGCGCGUGGCCCGCCGCGUCCCCAUGGUCGACGAGGAGACGGCUUUGCCGCGCAGCCAGCAAAAGCACUGGUUAAGCCACUACGUCGACAUCAUGGCCGACGCGGCCAGACCCCGCGGCGGCACCGGCGCCCCCGCGCAGGCCCGCAGGAACGCGCUCGCCUUUGUCCUGCACAACGGCCUCGCCAACGUCGGUCUCGUAGCCCGCGUGACCGGCGUCACUCAUCCCCUCGCUUCCGCCUUUAGCGGCUGGAACGUGCUCUCGCAGCUGCACCCGGACGCGUUCGGCCAGCCCGAGCCCGAAACGCCGCGCCGGUCGUCUCGCCGCCGCAAGUCCGAGGAGGCGUUUGACGAGGACAACGAGGCCGAGAAUCAGCGCAACGUGCGUCCCCGUCAUGAUAAUCUCGACGAUGCCGCCGCCGAGAGGGGCCGUGGCCAGUACACGGAGGGAAUGCUGCCGCCGCCACCGCUGCCGCCCAGCCAACAAGACAACUCGUAUGUUGAAAUGGGCAUGGACGCGCUCCCGCCCAUGGACGACCACCACUCGUCGUCGCUCAUGCCCUGGAGCCGGCCGGGCUCCGCCGCGCCGGGCUCGUCCGUCCGCGGCGCGCCGACGCAGCCCGGCAGCGCGCAGAAGCUAGGCCCCGCGCCAAGCCCGCUGCUGCACCGGAGCACCAACCUCAUCACGGACCUCGACCGCCACAGCGAUCCCAUCGCCGCGCCACCAGGCACGCCGUCCCACGCGGUGCUCGACCUCGCUGCCCUCGACUCCUCCCCGUCAGCCAUGGACAUGGACGCGGUGCUGGAUUUCGCCGACGCCGCGUACGCGGGUCUCGACGCGGCCAGCCAAGCCUUUCUCGACUACGCAUCCAAGCGCGCCGUCGUGCACGGAGACGAAGAGGACGACGACGAGCCUGCGGGGAGCAAUCGUCGUCGGCGCUGGGUUGACUUUGAGCGCAUUGCGAGCCCGCUGAAACACGACGGCGCCGUGGCGGCACAGGCUUUCUUGCAUGUGCUAGCGCUGGCCACGCGCGGCGUCAUUACAGUCCGCCAGGACAACAACGAGCACGGCACUGAGCCGUUUGGUGCUAUUCACGUGGGUAUUAAUCUCUCCUUGGGCGGAGAGGAGUAA